UACACGGCAGCAGCGCUGGAACACAGGUCGCUGCAUCCGCAGACUGAAGUGUACAUCUCUUUGUUUACAAAAUUUUACAAGUGUGUUGCUGUAUAAUACCCGCUUAGGGCAUUGCCGACUAAACAAAUUAUAACUUCCUUGAUGGAUUAAACCAAGAGAGAUGUGCAAAGUUCAAACUUCAAGUGCCAUUUGGAAAUGAGAGAGCAUUUUCUGUAGUUGAUGUUUCCUACUCCAAGUCUCGCGUCAGGAAUGUGAGAACGAGACUUCAGUAGUCUCCCCUGUAACGCCUGCAAGCCUUCCUCGCUGAAGGCAGGGGAAGGCAAUCCUGGGUGGAAGAAGGGAGACAAAUCUUACGUCAUCGAUAGCAGCAAGAAAAUGGAAGCCAAUGUCGCGAUCCACACACCUGAGAAAUGGGCUGCCGCGGAGGCUUGCUACAGCCAGGCUGAAAAGGUCAAGUAUAUUUAUGGCGGCAGGAUGAAAGAGAGAGAGGCCAAACCUAGGCAGGUGCAGGCAGACAGGCCGAACCACAUGAAGCCCUCAAAGUCGUACGACAACGAGCUGGAGACGGGCGUUGGGCGGGACGCUGGGCAGGUCAUGAGACCUGGUUCCAGAAAUAGCCGGGACGAUUCUGUUUUGAGCUACAGGGAUCUGAAUCAGCUGAGGGAGGCGGGUAGGGGGGAGGUGCCACACCCACAGGCAGACCAUUUCACCGCCUCACAUUUUGGUUACCAGCCCGCGAAGUUGACUACAAAGGUGGGGAAAGGCAAGGACCAGGUCGGGGUCACCAAGGAAAAGUGGAGGCCGAAAGAGAAAUCGCCAGGGAGGAGAGCGCCCAGGACUGUUCAGAAGUUUGCGGGCAGCACUCAAGACGAGGGGUUUAAUUAUUCACCUGCUGAGGAUCCAACAUGGCAGGAUUCUCUACAUAUUUCUGAGAGGCCCUUACCCGUAGAAAACCAGCCAGUGCUACAGCCUACACCAAAGGUGAUACGACAGAGACCGACCACCCUCUCUCCAGCGUCGCCCUCCCAGCCGCGGGACAAAGCAGCCCCGCUGGUUAUCCUAGAGGUCAAGGACGGUCCUACGUUUUUCUACAAACCGUCAGAGCGGAUGGUGUCGGAUUCAGAAACUGACCUCGACCUCGCGCCGAUGUCACGCAAACUUUCCGCCGGUUCCCUGACGAACAGCAGUUCGAUCAUUUCCAACUUUGGGUUCCAGAGUUUCGGAGGCGUUUCGACUAGGAGUACUUCGUCACUGAGUUCAGCCAUUUCCAAAGGCUCGCCUUCUCUCCUGCCCCGGGCGUCGGGGCUGAGGCGACCGGAUCUGUCCGUUCUCAAAUCUCCAAGAGCCUCCACCGAACAACUCUGCCACGCCUCAUCAGCUGACUCGCCUGUCCCCGCGGGUAACAGGGACCACGCCCCCGUUCAGAAACAGAACUCCUUACCAGUGUCUUUAAGUUCCAAGCAGGAUAACUCUAGCGACCUUAACGGCAUUGCCGAAAGAGCCGCCGCUGCUGUUUCAUCUGCUUUUUCCAAGUCUUCGUGCACCGUCACACAGCAGACUCCGGACUCUGUUGGGUUCUUGAACACGUCAGAAAUCUUACAACAGAAGGCGGGGAUCAAGCACGAUGACAUUGUCGUUGGUCCAAGGCGGAAGAGGAAUGACACCGACCCUGGUCAGUCGCUGAGUGACACUUCCUCGGUGAAAUUCGAUAGUUUCGUUGGCUCGGAUGUUUCCCCUCCGUCUUCGUAUUUACCCAGGCCUUCAGCUCCUUCUAGAUUGCCCAGCGUUGAAGGCAACAAGCAGAGAAAAAAGCUCGCUGAGGCGAUCGUUUUCCCUGAACAAACGGUGAAAACUACAGACUUUAAAAGCAGCGUUAAGACGGUUAGAUCACAGGAGGUUCUGUCCUCGGAUUACUACCCCAAGUCACCCAGCUUGAAAAAGAGCAAAGUGAAUUCUGAGACUAGCCGUUCAAACAGUACUGACAACAGUCUGGAGAGGACCCCGGCUACAGGGGGAAGUUUAGACCGGGGCAGGUGGAGACCCAAGGAGAAGAAGUCUGGCAUCCACAGACCCAACAGGACCAGAAAAAGUGAGCACACGUCUUCGGAGUCUGGGUACUUCACUGAUAAAAAACCACCCAAGACCUCAGAGAGCCCCAAAACCGAGUCGGAAAAUGUUGGACGCUAUGCAAAAAUUUCUGUGGAUACCAAACACCAGUCCAAGGCGCUUAGCCCCAGCCCGGUAAGACAGCAACAGCUGCAUAGCCCCAGCGGCGCCCGACAGAAAACCAAACAGACUUCUUUGCCUUCAUCUAAAAAGCAGCACCCGCCUUCAAAGCUGCACAUGUUGUCCAACAUCCCAGUCCCCAUGUGCCACGACCCGCCCGUCAAAAGGGCGGCACCACCGCUGAAGAUGCCGUGCAAACCUACAGAGCCGGAGCUUCCCGUUGAGCCGGUGAUCCUUCCCUCAUCGCAGUGUGUCGCGCUAGCAUCUCAACCUGAUGCUGAUGGAUCCUUAAAGUCUAAACUUAACUCCUCCUUUACAUCCGCGCCAUGUGAAGCGACCAUAACCACAGACACAACAACCAAGCUUGCUAACAAUGAUUUGGGCGUCAUGUCAGACUCGAACAAACUUACAAACAAUCUCACUGGGCAGUCAUCUACCUCUGAACCCCAAACCCCACCUGGGUCAGUGAAUAAAAAGAAGAUCCCCGUGUUGAAGAAAGAACCGACAGCUUCUUCCCCCUUAACGCUAAAAACCACGAACAACGAAGUCGCCCCAAAGUCGCCCGCCUUGAUAAGAAAAGGUCCCCAGAAAAAGGACGGCCUCUCUUCCAACACGGAAGAAGAUUCCUCUUGUGAAUCUCCAAUCCACGCCCCCGCCAAACCCCGCCUCCAUAGGUCCGCCGAACACCUGGGCGGCGCCCAGCUAAGUAUUUUCAACUCAACGGACAACAUCCAACAUUUCGAGAUCACUGGCGCAAGUGGCAAAAGCUUCCAGGACUCUGCCCACCCCGAUAGGACGGGGAUGGACGGGAUCGGCCCGCUCAAGAAAGACAGAAACCUGGCCAAGAUCGGCAUUCUCCGCCGGGGGUCGGACAGGAGCGAGAUGUGCCGAAGAGGUUCGGAGCGUGCUAUUUUACCCAUCAACGACCCGAGCGUGGAGGACUUGAAGAAAGCCACAAGCUUGAAGGAGUUAUGCCAGUCCGUUGCUUCCCUUUUGAAUAUCGACAAUGAAAAAGCUGCCCAGAUGUUAACCACCUCACUGAGCCAGCGCCAGGAUCUGGUGGAAGGUUUGGACGCUGAUGCCAUACUGGACUACCUCUCACACCACGGUGUCCUAGACCCCAACAUUCUCAUUGGUUUGGACAAGGGUUCCAAUCCAAAGCAGCGCAACUCAGCCAUACUGAAACACGUGGAGGAGCAUGGGAACACUGCUGUGGCCCUCUUCAUCAACGCCCUCAGACAGUCGGGGCAGCUCCACCUGGCCAGCUCGCUGGACACUGAGCAGAGGAUCAAGCCAGUCUCAGGGGACGGCUAUUUCGGCAAAGACAGGCACAAAGGAGAAGUUACUGUAAGAGUUGAGUUUGAGGCUCUGAAAAUCCUGGCUCCGAGAGAACCCAGAACAGACAAAAUAGUGGACACCUCUCUCCUUUCAUCCCCCUCCCACCACACAGGUCUGACGCCAGAUGAGGUGAACGGUGCCCUCGUCAAAGACGACAACGACGACGAUUUCGUCAAGCCGAGGUCAUGCUGGUGCUUUUGCUUUUCUCGCAAGAGUAAAUCAAAAAGGGCGUCGUCUUUACCAAAGAAGGAUAGUGAGAAGAAGAAAAAAUUUCAUUCGAUCAAAGAAGCUGAAGAUUUACCACCGAAAAGUCAGGCGGAGCAUGAGGAAGUGGAUAGAAAAAAUCCCAACGUGAAACCCCACAGGACAAAAUCUAAGGAGAAAAACAAAAAGAGCAAAGAUUCCGGGACCAAAGGUGCCUCAGGCGAAUGCCCUGACCAGCAUGGUGACACAGCCAAACCAAAGGGAAAAGACAGCAACAAAAAGUCCAAAACAAGCAAAACUAAAUCCUCAGGAAAAUCAACUGUGCCUGAUCAAUCUGAUGUGGGCUCGGGGAUGGGGGAUGUAGGAGAAUCUGGCAUCAGCUCCAGGGAACAACCCACCCACCAGAACUACAGUAACACCAGCCCGCCUGCUUCCUUGGGGCGGAUGAAACCGGAUAAAGACAGCUGGGAUCCGAUCAUUAUGGAAUACGAUCCCAAACUGGAGCUGGUGAAGUUACGAGCUGGCCAGGAAGAGCUUGCCUCACCCACCAGACAGUACGGCCAGGUUGGCAUCAUGUGUGAGCAGUGGAAGUCAAGCGGGAAACAUUUCUUACAAAAAGCAUCACAGCUCUGCGGUAAAAUAAUUCAGGAGCUUCACACGGAGAUUAUCAAAUAUUUCGAACAAGACCGGGGCACGCUCGUGUUGGACGUCAUCUCCGAUGGCACGGCCAUUUUAAUCUUCAACAUCUGCAUGCAGCGCGUGGAGGUGAGUCACCUGCAACAGCAAGUGUCAGAUGGAAGUUUGAUUUCUAAAAUGGAGGAUAUGUUUUUUUCGAAAGUGGAUAUUACUGCGUUUGAUAUUCGAGGUGUGAAGUUGAAAAUUGUUCUGGACGACCAGCAAGUGAAAGCUGCUUUUUCAGAACUUUCCUGAGCUGCUGACUGGAAUGCUGAUUUGUUUUGUUUUUUU